AUGGCAGGCCAUAAUCUCAUUCCGCUCCUGGUCACGAUGAUGCUCGUGACCGGGGUCUGCAACACCAUUCUUAACAAGUACCAGGACAUGCAAUGCGUACGAAAUUGCGAUUCAGCCGAUCCCAACGAGCGCAAGCUGUUCGAGCAGCCGGUUAUUCAAACGGCGCAGAUGUUCGUCGGUGAAAUGGGCUGCUGGCUAGUCCUUGGGCUGUCCAUGCUAUAUAAGAGCUUUAUCGCUCCCCGGCUGUCCCGCGACGCCUCGCCUCUUCUGGCGGGAGGCUACCGUCCCGUGAACGAAGAGGAUGGCGACGAUAAUGACCACACGAUCGAUGGACCGGAGGACCAGCGACAUCCUAAGCCUAUUGAAGGUGAUGGUCGUAUCCCGCUUCGUGGAUGGCGAAUCCUUCUCCUUGCGGCGCCUUCAUGGUGUGAUAUUGCCGGCACGACCCUUAUGAACGUAGGCUUGCUCUUUGUGGCGGCGAGUAUCUACCAGAUGACGCGUGGAGCUCUAGUUCUUUUUGUUGGAUUGUUCAGUGUCCUCUUCCUUCGCCGCAAGCUUUUCCUGUACCAGUGGAGCGCGCUGUUCGUCGUCGUUCUUGGAGUGGCAAUUGUUGGACUGUCCGGCGCGCUUUUCAGCGGCAAGAGCGGCCAUGACCUCACUCAGGAUGAUCGCCUAUCUGAUGAGACUGUCACAAAUACCCCCCAGGCUGUGCAGACCAUCAUAGGCGUGCUCCUCAUUGCCGCAGCGCAGAUCUUCACUGCUUCGCAAUUCGUGCUGGAGGAGUGGAUUCUGGAGAACUAUGCCAUGGAUCCUAUCCAGGUUGUUGGCUGGGAAGGUAUCUUCGGAUUUUCAGCUACCGUGAUUGUCAUGAUUGUGAUGUACGUGACUGUUGGAAGCACUGAGGCUGGUCGCUACGGCUAUUUCGAUAUGAAGGAGGGAUGGCGCGAAAUAACUUCAAAUCGUGCCGUUGCUGUUUCCAGUAUACUAAUCAUGAUCAGCAUUGGCGGUUUCAACUUCUUCGGUCUCUCCGUGACCCACUCCGUUUCCGCUACCUCGCGCAGCACAAUCGAUACCUGCCGCACACUCUUCAUCUGGAUCGUCUCGCUUGGCCUUGGCUGGGAAUCAUUCAAGUGGCUCCAAGUCGUCGGUUUCGGUCUUCUUGUCUACGGAACUUUCCUAUUCAACGACAUUGUCCGACCCCCUCUCAAGGCCUGUCUCCCGAGCAGUGCCCGUGAGGGUCAGGUUCUGCUCCCCGAAGAGCCGAUCGAGCAUAUCUAG